AUGACUUCCCUAACACAGCGAAGUUCGGGCCUGGUGCAGAGGAGGACCGAGGCCUCUCGCAAUGCAGCCGCCGACAAGGAGAGAGGGUCCGAUGAUGAGGACUACGAGCCACGUCAAGAGGAAGAGGAUGAGAAGGGAGACUCCAAAGAAACUCGACUGACGUUGAUGGAAGAAGUGUUGCUGUUGGGAUUGAAAGAUCGAGAGGUAUGAUGUUAGUUAUCGUCGCUAUAACGUUAUCUAGCUACAGUAACUGUUGUUUACGUUCCAACCAGCCUACGUUAUGUGCUAACAUAGCUAGCUAAGCUAAUGCGCUUUUCCUACAUUAGCUAGCUAGCGUUACCAUUAUGUUAUGUCAUAGGCCUAUUCAACAUUGCAAACUAAUAGUGCUUUCAAGACAACUGGGAACUUGGGGGCGGGAACUUGUGAUCUUCAGGUCGGAAAGUCGGAACUCUAGAAAAAUGUCCGAGUUUCCGAGUUGGAUGAUCGUUCAAAAUAUUUUCUAGGCGAAGCUCGUUUUUCCCGAGUUUCCAGUUGUCUUGUACUCUCUGAAGUCGGAGAUUUCCGAGUUCCCAGUUGUUUGAACGCUGUAUAAAGGUUAUCAAACGUGUCAACUUUGUGCGUGUCACUUCAGUCAUCAGCAGGAUGUUUGCUUUAUUUACCCAGGACAAAUCAUGUGAAGCAUUCACCAACUGCUUGCUAUUUUUUCCCGACAGGGCUACACUUCCUUCUGGAAUGACUGCAUUUCUUCUGGUCUUCGAGGUUGUAUGCUCAUCGAACUGGCUUUGAGAGGGAGACUGCAGCUAGAGGCUUGUGGCAUGAGGAGGAAAAGCCUACUGGCCAGAAAGGUCAGCACAACACGAAUAAAACACACUGAUGAACUUAGUUGUGUCAAAGAUUUUUAUAACUAACCCAAGAUAGACCACAGCCUGUCGUCUUCUUCUAUGGUAUUAUGGCGAUUCGCAAACAAGCAUUAGAGGUGCAUGCCACCACCUACUGGAUAGGUUGAAAACUGAGAAACCUUAGCGCAGAAAUAAUAAGCAGGGAAAAAACAUUCUCCUAAUAUCCCCCCCCCCCCCCCCCCCCAAAAAAAAAAAAGUACUCCUUCAGUCAGAUUCAAAUGUGUACUCAGAUCCCUACACAGGCUCGGGAGCCUGAGAAAGAGGAACAUCUUCAUUCAGUGUUCCCUGCAUCGUUUCGGUCCUGGAGAUCCAGUAUUUCAGGAUCCCUCUGAUGAACAACAUUCACUACAGGCUGUGGGGCAUCCACUACCAUUUCAUCUCCACUCGCUCCUUCACCUAUUUGUACUGCCUCCACAAACGAGACCUGCUGGAGAGCCCUGAACCUAGCUACUGCAACCUCCUUCACACUUAGAGGGCACUCCAGGAACUCAGGAAUGUGGUUCCCACCAUAAUUGCAGCACCAUGCUUCCUCACUCUAUACCAAUGACAUAUGUAUUCCUCCUGCAAACUUUUUACAAUUGUAACACUGCAGUGGUUUUUGUACAUAAUGUCUCACCGCAUAUCUCGCAUACCCAAGUUUUACAUGAGUCGGGAGAAACACUUCAUCAAAUGACAGUAAAGCCGAUAGGCUUUCCUCCUUCUUUCCGUCUAUCGUUCAGGUCAAGCGAUGUGCGUCUACCACUCCUGGCAUGUUCUCCCUAAACUGUGAAGCCUCCGUGUCCAACGAGACACCAGAGAUGACACGUUUAAUCGGUGCCCUACUCAGAAAAUCAUAGCUUUCCACAUCAUAGGUCGAUAGCUUGCAAAGCCACAGAGCUUUUGCUCUUUUGACACACACAAAAUCAACAUCAUACCGCGCCUGGUCACUCUGAACAAUUCAAUUUUUCCCAAUACGUCCUUCACCAUCUUCCAGACCGCAAAUGGGUCACCCAAAAAACAUCCUUGCUAAUGAAUUGCACUCCAACAAUAAACUGCUGCUCAUUUAAAACUUUAGCCCUUUUUACACCACUUUUCACCGAUUACACUCAUUCUCACCAAUUUUACUCAACCCUACAGAAUCACACAAUGCUUCCGCCAUUGCUCCCCACCACAGCCUGUCAUUUCCAAUGGGAGCAAAUUAAUCAUAAUGGGCAGAACAAACAAAGAGGUGGGCAGAGCAAAGCACGAGCUAGCAAGAUCCUAUUGGCACGUUCUAGCAUGUAUUUGCAUAUUUCUGUUUGGCAAAACUCAAUUAGCCCUUGCACUCCUUCUAAACACAAUUUUUAAAAACUUUGGCAAAUGGUAUAGAUUCUAGUUUUUCAAACAGAGAACUGUAUUGAGAUCAGAUGUUUCAUCGACGAGAACAUUUCCAGAAUGUCGGCCAAAAUCCAUCUUCUGCCACUGGGCUUCCUCUCAUCACCAUAUUUGGUGGUGAGUAGAAAUGCCAACCAGAUGCUUCAGAUUUAUACAUCCGGUGAAACAUCUGGCUCAUUGUUCUAUCUGUGGUUGUGUCUUUUUCUUCUUCUUUGAGUCUAAUUGGCAGACUACAACCUAAAAGGUGUAUUGCCGCCACCUACUGUACGGGGUAGUAAUUUAUUUAUUUUUUAAUAAUAAAAAAAAUAAUAAUAUGCCAUUUAGCAGACGCUUUUAUCCAAAGCGACUUACAGUCAUGCGUGCAUACAUUUUUUUGUGUAUGGGUGGUCCCGGGGAUCGAACCCACUACCUUGGCGUUACAAGCGCCGUGCUCUACCAGCUGAGCUACAGAGGACUUAAUCCAUUGCGGGAAAAGGUGGGGGGGGGGGGGGGAAACCCAUCAUAGAAAUACAAAAUACACAUCAUCAAACAAAACCCAUCCCACUCCUUCAGUCACAGUACAAUCCAAAACACAUAAUCCCUACACAGGCUCAGGGGCUUGUGAGUGCGGAACAGUUGUCGAUAGGAUUCCUUCCAAGGCCUCGGCUCUGAAAUCACUGUACCAAAAACAUUCAGCCGCACUCAUAAUGAUGCAAAUUUUCUCUGAUUUUUUUUCUCCACUUGUGCUGUACAGUUUAUGACCAUUGCAAUAAAUUAUACAAAGUCCACCUUUUUAACAUGUAAUACACUAUAUAUACAAAAGUAUGUGGACACCCCUUCAAAUGAUUGGAUUCGGCUAUUUCAACCACACCCGUUGCUGACAGGUGUAUAAAAUCAAGCUCACAGCCAUGCAAUCUCCAUAGAAAAUCAUUGGCAGUAGAAUGGCCUUACUGAAGAGCUCAGUGAAUUUCAACGUGGCACCGUCAUAGGAUGCCACCUUUCCAACAUGUCAGUUCGUAAAAUUUCUGCCCUGCUAGAGCUGCCCUGGUCAUCUGUAAAUGCUGUUAUUGUCAAGUGGAAAUGUCUAGGAGCAACAACGGCUGAGCCGCGAAGUGGUAGGCCACACAAGCUCACAGAACGGGACCACCGAGUGCUGAAACACGUAGCACGUAAAAAUCGCUUGUCCUCAGUUGCAACACUCACUACCGAGUUCCAAACUGCCUCUGGAAGCAACGUCAGCACAAGAACUGUUCGUCAGUCCCUUCAAGAAAUAGGUUUCCAUGGCCGAGCAGCCACACACAAGCCUAAGAUCACCAUGUGCAAUGCCAAACGUCGGCUGGAGUGGUGUAAAGCUCGCUGCCAUUGGACUCUGGAACAUUGGAAACGCGUUCUCUAGGGUAAGAACGCUACCUGACCAAAUACAUCGUGACAACUGUAAAGUGUGGUGGAGGAGGAAUAAUGGUCUGGGGCUGUUUUUCAUGGUUCAGGCUAGGCCCCUUAGUUCCGGUGAAGGGAAAUCUUUACGCUACAGCAUACAUUGACAUUCUAGACGAUUCUGUGCUUCCAACUUUGUCACAACAGUUUGGGGAAGGCCCUUUCUUGUUUCAGCAUGACAAUGCCCCCGUGCACAAAGCGAGGUCCAUACAGAAAUGGUUUGUCGAGAUUGGUGUGGAAGAACUUGACUGGCCUGCACAGAGCCCUGACCUCAACCCCUUCAAACACCUUUGUGGUGAUUUGGAACGCCGACUGCGAGCCAGGGCCUAAUCGCCCAACAUCAGUGCCCGACCUCACUAAUGCUCUUGUGGCUGAAUGAAAGCAAGUCCCCGCAUCAAUGUUCCAACAUCUAGUGGAAAGCCUUCCCAGGAAAGUGGAGGCUGUUAUAGCAGCAAAGGGGGGACCAACACCCAUAUUAAUGCCCAUGAUUUUGGAAUGAGAUGUUUGCCGAACAGGUGUCCACAUACAUUUGGUCAGUUGAUUCCUCGCUUGGUGAGAAACCUUCAUUGGUGGUGGUGGCUCUACUACCAUUGUUUCUUCACCGCCACUCGCUCCUUCCACUCUUCUCACCGCCUCCAGAUAGGAGACUCACUGGACAGCCCUUAUUCUUGCCAUCUCUAUUUCCUUCACCCUAACAGGGCACUCCAGGAAUUCAGGCGCAUGUUCGCCACCACAUUUCACCUCUGGCAUACAAUACUCUUCCCAUCUGCAUACACUUGCCACAUGACCAAAUAUUUUGCAUUUAUCACACUUGAUUGGCGUUGGCACGAAAGCUCUUACAGAAUAUCUCCUAUAGCCUAACUUUAUAUGUGAAGGGAGAGACUGUUCAUCAAAGAACAAUAGUAUGGAAGGAGUAAACUUCUUCACUCCAUCCACUAUACUGGUCAGUCGACAUCUGCAUUCACUUCCAGCACCACCCCAGAGAUAACCUCUUUGAUGGGAGCCUUUCUUUGAAGAGCCACACACGGCACAUUACAUUCUGAUAUCUUUUUGAGGCACAAAGCACGCUUCUUCUGCUCCACGUACACACACAACCACCAAAUAAGACCAUAAAAAAAACAAUCAAUAUAUUCAAUCAAUAUACUUAUUACGUUUUCACAAUUAUUCCCAUACAGUGAUGUAAUAGUAAUUCAUCCUACAGGGGAAAAAAAGUAUUACCCACCCACUUUUAACCUCACCCAAUUUUUGUGGUGGCAGGACAACAACCUCUCCAUUAAUGUGAGCAAGACAAAGGAGAUGAUCGUGGACUACAGGAAAAUGAGGGCCGAACAGGCCCCCAUUAACAUCGACGGGGCUGUAGUGGAGCGGGUUGAGAGUUUAAAGUUUAUUGGUGUCCACAUUACCAACAAAAUAUCAUGGUCCAAACACACCAAGACAGUCGUGAAGAGGUCACGACAACGCCUUUUCCCCCUCAGGAGACUGAAAAGAUUUGGCACGGGUCCCCAGAUCCUCAAAGUUAUACAGCUGCACCAUCGAGAGCAUCCUGACCGGUUGCAUCACCGCCUGGUAUGGCAACUGCUCGGCAUCUGACUGUAAGGCGCUACAGAGGGUAGUGCGUAGGGCCCAGUACAUCACUGGGGCCAAGCUUCCUGCCAUCCAGGACCUAUAUACUAGGCGUGUCAGAGGAAGGCCCAAAAAAUGGUCAAAGACUCCAGUCACCCAAGUCAUAGACUGUUCUCUUUGCUACCACACGGCAAGCGGUACCGGAGCGCCAAGUAUAGGUCCAAAAGGCUCCUUAACAGCUUCUACCCCCAAGCUAUAAGACUGCUGAAGAAUUAAUAAAAUGGCCACCCGGACUAUUUUACAUUGACUCGCUGUUUAUUAUCUAUGCAUAGUCACUUUACCCCUACCUACAUGUACAAAUUACCUCGACUAACCUGUACCCCCGCACAUUGACUCGGUACCGGUACCCCCUGUAUAUAGCCUCGUUAUUGUUAUGUAAUUUUAUUGUGUAACUUUUUAUUUUAUUUUUUACUCUGGUUUAUUUAUUAAUAUUUUCUUAACUCUAUUUCUUGAACUGCAUUGUUGGUUAAGGGCUUGUAAGUAUGCAUUUCACGGAAAGGUCUACACCUGUUGUAUUCGGCGCAUGUGACAAAUAAAGCUUGAUUUGAAUUUCCCAUCUACCCUCUCCCCCACAACCCCACCCACCAUCUCUUGCCUUGGCUGGGAAAAGAGCAGACAAAUCACAAUAAACAAGUCAUAAACAUAUAUAAUAAUAAGACAAACAAAGCAAAAACAUAAAAUAAAAGCAAAUGAAAAAAUAAGGUACAAUUAUUCAAACAAUGGUAUUAAAUAGGUUGUUGAAGUACACUUAUUGGUCUACAUUUAGUCCAGUGGCGGUCAGUGCCAUUUUAAGAUGAGGGAGGAUGUUUUUUUUUUCAUGAGCAUGGCCUUAUUUCUAUUACAGCAUAUUGGAUGACUCUCAUUCAUAUUCCAUUCGACCAGUUCAAUGUAACAGCAAUAGGUUUAGGCUACUACAUGAUAUUCUAAUUUUCCCUAUACCCAUCAUGAGGUUGCUACAACCUAGCCUAUGAAUGACAGUUUACAACGUAGGUGCACACAGGUCGAGAGACAAAUUUGAGGUGACAGACAUUGACACAUGGACAGACAGUGACACAUUCGAUACCGCCUUGCACACUCUUUCCUGCAUCUAGCUGAUCUAGGGUGUAAUUAUUAGUCAAACAGUUGCAAACAAGUGUUUCUAUUGGACAAAUUCAGGUAUGUUUAUCUCUGUUUGUUUGCUUCCGUUUAAGAAACAUUUUUCAACAGAAUCGGCGGAAUCAAUACACCCCUGAUCACGUGUAAACACCGUUCACUUUCAUACCAGCCACGUUGUAUUCCUUCUAUGCGCUCUCCUCCUCUCACCUUGACCCUUCGCUUGUGGACUUCAAUGCACACAUCAGCUGUAUGUGACCAGGCGAAAAAAAACAUUCCAAGCCAAACCACUACACACAGCCUACAUCGUUGUCACCAUAUUAGCUACAGUAACGUUAUAGUCAGCAUAGCUAAUAGAACUAACGCGUUAGUAAACCUGCUACAAUCAUGCAGUAACGGUAGUGUACAGUCAGUAAGCAGUUACACCGGCAGGCCCUGGUGGCAAUAAUUACUAAUAAUAAUUAGUAAUACCAAAAGCUUACCUUGACUUGGAAGAGUUCCAGUGUUGUGUUGGAAAGUCAUAGCCAGCUAGCUAACAUAGCAUCCCUCUGUUUGAGCAGGGUGUUUCAGUAGGCUAAACUAGCUAGCUGCAUUUGCUAGCUGUGAAAGUGAAAAAAAAGAUGACAAUCUCUCUCUCUAUUUCUCUCUUGCUUCUCCUUCAUUUUGGAAGAAAUUAAUUUGUUCAAAACUGUUCCACUAUUGUCUUUCUCGCUCUAUGAGUCAACUACUCACCACAUGUUAUAUGCUGCAGUGCUAGCUAGCUGUAGCUUAUGCUUUCAGUACUAGAUGAAUUAUCUGAUCCUUUGAUUGGGUGGACAACAAGGUUUUGUAUUGAAGUCAAUGUACCCAGAGGAGGACGGAAGCUAGCUGUCCUCCGGCUACACCAUGGCUCUACCCUACAGAGUGCUGUUGAGACUACUAUAGACCUUUGCAAAAUAGUGUGUUUUCAGCAAUUGUUUGGUGACGUUAAUAUAUUUAGUAUAGUUUCAUCUAAAAAGGCUAACUUUUUUAAAUGUUUUACAAUUUAAAUUUUUAUGAAAUUCACUGAGGAUGGUCCUCCCCUUCCUCCUCUGAGGAGCCUCCACUGAUUUAGUUGUACAUUUCAAUUAAUUUAUUCAUUUUUAUUUAUCAUUAUGCUUUCCUAAAUAGUUCCAUCUGACAUGCUCGUCUUGUUUAGUCACAUGCAGAGUUAUUUAAUAGUCUGCGACAGUGCCUCGCAGACUGACCUCCGUGACCCCCGGCCACUCCACAUACCAAUCCACUCCGACACCAGCACACCAGACCGUGCAGGUCAAGGGUUUGCUAGUUAAGCGGCUACAGUUCCUUGGCCCUUGACUUAUUCCACAUUUGGUUGUGUGACAGCCUGAAUUCAAAAUUGAUUAAAUAGAUUUGUUUUCUCACCCAUCUACACACAAUACCCCAUAAUGUCAAUGGGAAAACAUGUUUUUAUAAAUGUUUGCACAUUUAUUGAAAAUGAAAUACAGAAUUAUCUCAUUUACAUAAGAAUUCACACCCCCUGAGCAAUGAUCAACAACUUUACAGAUCUUGAAGAAUUAUUUUAACAAUAAUGGACAAAUAUUAUACAAUCCAGGUGUGCAAAGCUCUUAGAGACUUACCCCAAAAGACUUAAAGCUGGAAUCGCUGCCAAAGGUGCUUAAUUUUUAUUAAUUUUAAAAGGACAUCUACAAACAAAAUUCCACUUUGACAUUAUGCUGUAUUGUGUGUAGAUCAGUGACACAAUUAAAAUAUACAGUGAGGGAAAAAAGUAUUUGAUCCUCUGCUGAUUUUGUACGUUUGCCCACUGACAAAGACAUGAUCAGUCUAUCAUUUUAAUGGUAGGUUUAUUUGAACAGUGAGAGACAGAAUAACAACAACAAAAUCCAGAAAGACGCAUGUAAAAAAAAAUAUAAAUUGAUUUGCAUUUUAAUGAGGGAAAUAAGUAUUUGACCCCCUCUCAAUCAGAAAGAGUUCUUCUCCCAAGUGUCUUUUAGUUACAUUUUACAUUUUAGUCAUUUAGCAGACGCUCUUAUCCAGAGCGACUUACAGUUAGUGAGUGCAUUCAUUAUUUAUUUUUUAUUUUUUGAAAGAUUUCAUACUGGCCCCCCGUGGGAAUCGAACCCACAACCCUGGCGUUGCAAACGCCAUGCUCUACCAACUGAGCUACAUCCCUGCCGGCCAUUCCCUCCCCUAUCCUGGACGACGCUGGGCCAAUUGUGCGCCGUCGCAUGGGUCUCCCGGUCGCGGCCGGCUACGACAGAGCCUGGAUUCGAACCAGGAUCUCUAGUGGCACAGCUAGCACUGCGAUGCAGUGCCUUAGACCACUGUGCCACUCGGGAGAUUUUAUACAGGUAACGAGCUGAGAUUAGGAGCACACUCUUAAAGGGAGUGCUCCUAAUCUCAGUUUUUUACCUGUAUAAAAGACACCUGUCCACAGAAGCAAACAAUCAAUCAGAUUCCAAACUCUCCACCAUGGCCAAGACCAAAGAGCUCUCCAAGGAUGUCAGGGACAAGAUUGUAGACCUACACAAGGCUGGAAUGGGCUACAAGACCAUCGCCAAGCAGCUUGGUGAGAAGGUGACAACAGUUGGUGCGAUUAUUCGCAAAUGGAAGAAACACAAAAUAACUGUCAAUCUCGCUCGGCCUGGGGCUCCAUGCAAGAUCUCACCUCGUGGAGUUGCAAUGAUCAUGAGAAUGGUGAGGAAUCAGCCCAGAACUACACGGGAGGAUCUUGUCAAUGAUCUCAAGGCAGCUGGAACCAUAGUCACCAAGAAAACAAUUGGUAACACACUACGCCGUGAAGGACUGAAAUCCUGCAGCGCCCGCAAGGUCCCCCUGCUCAAGAAAGCACAUAUACAGGGCCGUCUGAAGUUUGCCAAUGAACAUCUGAAUGAUUCAGAGGAGAACUGGGUGAAAGUGUUGUGGUCAGAUGAGACCAAAAUGGAGCUCUUUGGCAUCAACUCAACUCGCCGUGUUUGGAGGAGGAGGAAUGCUGCCUAUGACCCCAAGAACACCAUCCCCACCGUCAAACAUGGAGGUGGAAACAUUAUGCUUUCGGGGUGUUUUUCUGCUAAGGGGACAGGACAACUUCAUCGCAUCAAAGGGACGAUGGACGGGGCCAUGUACCGUCAAAUCUUGGGUGAGAACCUCCUUCCCUCAGCCAGGGCUUUGAAAAUGGGUCGUGGAUGGGUAUUCCAGCAUGACAAUGACCCAAAACACACGGCCAAGGCAACAGAGGAGUGGCUCAAGAAGAAGCACAUUAAGGUCCUGGAGUGGCCUAGCCAGUCUCCAGACCUUAAUCCCAUAGAAAAUCUGUGGAGGGAGCUGAAGGUUCGAGUUGCCAAACAUCAGCCUCGAAACCUUAAUGACUUGGAGAAGAUCUGCAAAGAGGAGUGGGACAAAAUCCCUCCUGAGAUGUGUGCAAACCUGGUGGCCAACUACAGUGGGGGAAAAAAGGAUUUAGUCAGCCACCAAUUGUGCAAGUUCUCCCACUUAAAAAGAUGAGAGGCCUGUAAUUUUCAUCAUAGGUACACGUCAACUAUGACAGACAAAAUGAGAAAAAAAUCCAGAAAAUCACAUUGUAGGAUUUUUAUUGAAUAUAUUUGCAAAUUAUGGUGGAAAAUAAGUAUUUGGUCAAUAACAAAAGUUUCUCAAUACUUUGUUAUAUACCCUUUGUUGGCAAUGACACAGGUCAAACGUUUUCUGUAAGUCUUCACAAGGUUUUCACACACUGUUGCUGGUAUUUUGGCCCAUUCCUCCAUGCAGAUCUCUUCUAGAGCAGUGAUGUUUUGGGGCUGUCGCUGGGCAACACGGACUUUCAACUCCCUCCAAAGAUUUUCUAUGGGGUUGAGAUCUGGAGACUGGCUAGGCCACUCCAGGACCUUGAAAUGCUUCUUACGAAGCCACUCCUUCGUUGCCCGGGCGGUGUGUUUGGGAUCAUUGUCAUGCUGAAAGACCCAGCCAUGUUUCAUCCUUCAAUGCCCUUGCUGAUGGAAGGAGGUUUUCACUCAAAAUCUCACGAUACAUGGCCCCAUUCAUUCUUUCCUUUACACGGAUCAGUCGUCCUGGUCCCUUUGCAGAAAAACAGCCCCAAAGCAUGAUGUUUCCACCCCCAUGCUUCACAGUAGGUAUGGUGUUCUUUGGAUGCAACUUAGCAUUCUUUGUCCUCCAAACACGACGAGUUGAGUUUUUACCAAAAAGUUAUAUCUGACCAUAUUACAUUCUCCCAAUCCUCUUCUGGAUCAUCCAAAUGCACUCUAGCAAACUUCAGACGGGCCUGGACAUGUACUGGCUUAAGCAGGGGGACACGUCUGGCACUGCAGGAUUUGAGUCCCUGGCGGCGUAGUGUGUUACUGAUGGUAGGCUUUGUUACUUUGGUUCCCAGCUCUCUGCAGGUCAUUCACUAGGUCCCCCCGUGUGGUUCUGGGAUUUUUGCUCACCGUUCUUGUGAUCAUUUUGACCCCACGGGGUGAGAUCUUGCGUGGAGCCCCAGAUCGAGGGAGAUUAUCAGUGGUCUUGUAUGUCUUCCAUUUCCUAAUAAUUGCUCCCACAGUUGAUUUCUUCAAACCAAGCUGCUUACCUAUUGCAGAUUCAGUCUUCCCAGCCUGGUGCAGGUCUACAAUUUUGUUUCUGGUGUCCUUUGACAGCUCUUUGGUCUUGGCCAUAGUGCAGUUUGGAGUGUGACUGUUUGAGGUUGUGGACAGGUGUCUUUUAUACUGAUAACAAGUUCAAACAGGUGCCAUUAAUACAGGUAAUGAGUGGAGGACAGAGGAGCCUCUUAAAGAAGAAGUUACAGGUCAGUGAGAGCCAGAAAUCUUGCUUGUUUGUAGGUGACCAAAUACUUAUUUUCCACCAUAAUUUGCAAAUAAAUUCAUAACAAAUUCCUACAAUGUGAUUUUCUGGAGAAAAAAAUUCUCAAUUUGUCUGUCAUAGUUGACGUGUACCUAUGAUGAAAAUUACAGGCCUCUCUCAUCUUUUUAAGUGGGAGAACAUGCACAAUUGGUGGCUGACUAAAUACUUUUUCCCCCCACUGUACAAGAAACGUCUGACUGCCUCUGUGAUUGCCAACAAGGGUUUUGCCACCAAGUACUAAGUCAUGUUUUGCAGAGGGGUCAAAUACUUAUUUCCCUCAUUAAAAUGCAAAUCAAUUUAUAAAAAAUUUUUUACAUGUGUGUUUCUGGAUUUUUUUGUUGUUAUUCUGUCUCUCAAUGUUCAAAUAAACCUACCAUUAAAAUUAUAGACUGAUCAUUUCUUUGUCAGUGGGCAAACGUACAAAAUCAGCAGGGGAUCAAAUACCAUUUUCCCUCACUGUGUGUGUAUAUAUACAUAUAUUUUAAAUUCAGGCUGUAACACAAGGCAUUGUAGCUUCUUGUUGCUCUAACUGAUGCCACAUUACCCAAUGCAUCCAUGAAUUUUAUUGAUGUUGAUCAGAUGUCCCAGGAAACUCUAUUGGUCCAAAUCCCUCACUCUGACUAAAAACGAGUCAGAACUAGGCUUUGUUUUAUUUCCUUUUUUUUACGCAACUGUUAACCCACUCUUAUCUUCUUCCAACGCGCCGUCACCACAGCUGUCGGUUUCACACAGAACAUCCACACAGAACGGGGUAUGGUAGUAGGUACCAGGCACACCGGUUUGUGUCAAGAACUGCAAUGCGGCCGGGUUUUUCAUGCUUAACAUUUUCCCGUGUAUCAAGAAUGGUCCACCACCCAAAGGACAUCCAGCCAACUUGACAUAACUGUGGGAAGCAUUGGAAUCAACAUGGGCCAGCAUCCCUGUGGAGGCUUUCAUCGUCCAUCACUCUAGCCGCUAGGCUACCUGCCGUGUGUGUGUGGUAGACCAGCAGUGUCUGCCAACGCUAGCAGUUUAUGCUUAUGUGUGUCUAUCCCAAUGUUACAGUAAGGUUGUUAUGUGUGAGAAAUCUACCUUUUUUAAACUGGUAUCUAUUUUGUCAGGUUAUCUGUAAGUCAGCCGCCCCUACAGGAGACAUGUUGCUGGACGAGGCUCUGAAGCAUAUCAAAGACACCCAGCCCCCAGAGACAGUCCAGAGCUGGAUAGAGCUGCUGAGUGGUGAGAAGCCAUAUUGAAUACGCCCACCCUCCAUUACUCCCCCUAUCUUUAAAGUACUUUAUUUUUUGGUGCUAUAUCUCUCUGUCUUCCGUUCUUAGUGUUUAGUUCUUGAUUAUCAUCAUGAUGAUUUGAUAUUACCACACUGCCCCCUACCCUCCUCUCCCCUUCCCAGUCCUGUUUGAAAUGAAACGUGUUUAUCUUGAUGUUUUUUUUUUAAACAAUAGCUAGCCUAUUUGGUUUCCAAGUGAAAUUGUACAGAAAUUACCCGUAAUUUGUUUUGGUGUCCAGGUGAGACGUGGAACCCAUUGAAGCUGCACUACCAGCUGAGGAAUGUCCGUGAACGUCUGGCCAAGAACCUUGUCGAGAAAGGCGUUCUGACCACAGAGAAACAGAACUUCCUCCUCUUUGACAUGACCACACACCCGCUGACCAACGACACCAUCAAACAGCGGCUGGUCAAGAAGGUCCAGGAGUCUGUCCUGGACAAGUGGGUGAACGACCCGGGGCGCUUCGACAAGCGCGUGCUGGCCCUGAUCUUCCUGGCCCACUCGUCGGACGUGCUGGAGAAUGCCUUCGCUCCGCUGCUGGACGAACAGUAUGACCUGGCCAUGAAGAGGGUACGUCUGCUGCUGGACCUGGAGCCAGAGGCGGAGAGCACCAAGGCCAGCGCCAACGAGCUGCUGUGGGCCGUGGUGGCUGCCUUCACCAAAUGA